UAGAGGCGCAACACUUCUGCCAAGGGGCGCAGCGCCAUGUCGACCUAUCUCCCGGAGGACCUGGUUCUCAAAAUCCUCUCCAGGCUGCCUCCAAAGUCUCUUCUCCGAUUCAGAUCCGUCUGCAAAUCCUGGCUCUCCCUCAUCGGCACCCCCAAUUACGUAUCCAAAAACCUCCUCAACCACUCCAUUCUCACCACCACCGCCGCCCAUCAGCUCCUCCUCGUAAAACGCACUGCCGCAUCGAUUCCCAGAACGGACACUUGCUCUUUCCUCUCCUACCAAACCCUUUCCUCCGCCUCUCAAACCCCUCGAAUUCUUCCCAUACAAAGCCUACAUGGGCUUACCAUUGUGGGUUCCUGUAAUGGCUUGCUCUGCCUCUUUGACUACCUCGCCGGCGGCGAAAUUUUUGUCUGGAAUCCCGCCACUUCAGAGCUGAACGCCCUGCCUGGCGCGUCCAGGGUGGAAACUGUUAGUUUUGGCUUCGACCACAAACGAAAUGAGUUUAAGGUUGUGCGGAUUCGUUAUGUUAUGAAUCGUGAAAUGCCGAUUCCUCGUCUGAUCUGGGGAUUGCCGGCUUUUCGUCUGGACCUGGUAGCGGAGGUGUAUAGGCUAAGAAGCGGCGGUUCUUGGAGAAAGCUUGCCGUCGAUGGAGAGGUGCCCGAUUCCAAUACACCCAAUUCACGGUCUCGGUGGGCAUACGCAAAUGGUGUUUGUUUCUGGUGGACGUCACUCCAUAUGGAGCAUGAAAAGAUAAUUGCUUUCGAUGUGAGCAAGGAGGUGUUCAGAACGACGCCGUUGCCGGACGCUAGUGUUCUUGGGAGGCGCAGUGAUGUGAGGUCUCUCACGGUGCUAAACGAAUCGGUGGCCAUGCUUGUUGUGCGCAAUGAAAGCAAAUGGGAGGGGAAAUCGUUUGAUUUAUGGGUUUUGCUUGAAUUUGGUGUAAAGGAAUCGUGGACUCAACUUCUGAGGAUUGAAGCUCUCCCGGGUCUGGAAUGGCCGUUGGGUUUUUGGAAGAACGGAGAAUUGUUCAUGGAGAACCGCGAGGGGCAGCUGGUUUAUUAUGACCCAUUUACAAAAACUGUAACAAAAGUAGAGGUUGAUGAGAAUUAUAUUAAUAGCGUAAAGGAAUCUUUACAAGUUCUACCUUACACACCCACUUCUCAUUCCAUCCAUGGAGGGAGGGGUUAAGCUUUUAGAGUAGCUAAUAAUAGUUUUUUUCUUUUUUUCUUUUUUGAAAGUUGUUUUUUUAGAUAUUUUUCUUUGAAAUUAUCUUCCCCUAAGUUAUAUUGUC